UGAUUCAACCAGCUGUUUACUUUCUGCCAAGUGCUAAGUGCAAAAAUUUAGUGAUCGAUAAUAAAAAACUAUUACAAUAAUAAUUAAAGUUGUUCAGCACAGUAAAUGCAACUUGCACAAUGGAACCCACCGUCGAUGAUCUGCUUUCCUUCAAAGAGUUUCCUCUAAUUCCUGAAGGUAAUGCCAACAGUGCACAGUUGAACAUAGAUUCGCCGAAAAAGGUUUCCCCAAACCGGGAAACUCCAACCGAUGAAGAAAACACCACUACUCCAAAGGUUUCCUCAUUCCUGAGCUUUGAGUACUACCAAAAGUUCUUCGAUGUGGACACCAUGACCGUCGUCGAUCGCAUAGCCACGUCAAUCAUUCCGAAAAGGGCUCCCUCGGACUACCUUAAGCUUAACAUCGGUACCAAUCCGGAUUUAUACGGUCCCAUCUGGAUUGUCAUUACACUGAUUUUUACUAUUGCCAUUUCCGGCAACAUGGCAAGCUAUCUGCAAAACACGGGCAACCAUCAUUGGCGGUACAAUUUCCAUCUUGUGUCCGUAUCGGCAACGGUUAUCAUUCUUUACACCAGUUUGGUACCAUUUGCAUUGUGGGCUUUGCUUAGAUGGAGUAUUCGUGCGGACGAUCUGGAUGUGGAGGAGCCCACUUAUACUCCCAGUCUGCUGUCACUGGUGUGCGUAUAUGGUUAUUCAAUGGCAAUCUACGUUCCCGUUUCUAUCUUGUGGACAAUUCAGGUAACGCUCUUCCAGUGGCUGCUGGUAGCGACGGCGACUUUCCUGUCCGGAUUUGCACUGCUCUGGGUUCUGAUGCCGGCCAUAAAAAAGUCGAGGUUCUCGAUUUUCAUUACCCCCGCUAUUGCGUUGAUCCACUUUAUCUUGGCCACUGGGUUUAUGUUGUACUUCUUUCAUCCCUCGGAAACGGUCGACGCCGGUAAAGUCGAGGCGCUAAAGACUACAAUCGGCGCGGCUGUCGUAGCCGCGGCAAAAAAUGCCACACAAUAGAAAAUUUUAAGUCUCUAAGAUUGUGAUAAUCGUACUUGCUUCAAUAUAUUUAAUCUAAAUUA